AUGGUCAACAGAUUACCCAAGAUCCCAUAUAAACUUUUAUCGCAGCAUGAUGAUUUAAAAAAUGAAGCCCCAAAGAAAGCGAUGGAGUUUGUGUCCAACACCAGGAAUGAUUUCCGUGAAGACAUCGCCCUACUUCGUGCAAUCGCCAUAUUGGCCGUUCUCGGCUAUCAUUUUUCGCCCACUGUUUUCCCAAUGGGUUUCGUUGGAGUCGAUAUUUUCUUUGUUAUCUCUGGAUACUUGAUUAUGAGUAUUCUGGAGAAAUCAAAGGACCGUCCACACCGAGUCUUCCUCUCAUUCUAUUAUCGACGCUUAAAGCGAAUUGUGCCACUCUAUCAUUUUGUGUUGUUCUUUAUUGGACUUGCCCUGGUUUUCUGCUAUACUCCAAUCUGGGCCAAACGCUACUUUUCUUCCUACUUUCAAGCCAUCUUCUUCUACUUAAAUUUUGAUCUUCUAUGGGCGGAUGGGAAUUAUUUUGCAGAAGCCACAGAAAAGUUACCUUUCCUGCACCUUUGGUCUCUUGGAGUCGAGAUGCAGUUUUACUUGAUUGCCCCGAUAAUAUUUUAUAUCUCAAAGUUUGAUGCAAAGAUUCGCCUUGGCCAAUUUAUUUUGCUAUCCUUUGCUUUUUACUCUUUAUAUUUCCAAUACAAUUCCAAUAAAUCAACCGCGUUCUAUCAUCCACUUGCAAGAAUUUGGCAGUUUCUUUCUGGCAUGCUGGCUUCUCAGCACACAGAGGAAGCGAAAAUGUAUUUGGAAUCAACUAGAUCAAACACUUUCUCAAUGGUUUUUAUGGUUUUCGUAUUUUCAAUCUUUCUACCGCUUUUUCACGGAAUCUCCACCCCGAGCGCUCAACAAAUUUUCGUGACAAUAUCGGCAACGGGAGUCAUGCUAUUCUCGCCGGCUGGAUCUAUUGAUUGGGGUCUUUUCCGUCUUCAGUAUAUCGCUGAGAUUUCCUAUUCCCUAUAUUUGGUUCACUAUCCCAUUCUCAAAGUUUCCGAAUAUCUGGUCGACUAUUAUAUCGUUGAAUCCCAGGUUAAAUGGAUCACCUUUCUGCUUACCAUUGUAAUGAGUGCUCUCGUCAAUCGUUUUCUGGAGAAACCGAUUCUUUCAGAUCACAAAACUCGCAUAUUUAUCAAAUCUUUGUUCUGCUUUGCUGGAUGUCUACUAUUGAGCUUAAAGUGGAGUUCAAUUGUUGAUCAAAGCUGGUCUGAAGAAUCGGUUAUUGCUGCAAAUGCACGUUACGCUGGUAAAUCAUAUUACCCACUUUAUGGCGGUAAAUUUGUGUCCGAUGCUUACAUGAGCCCACCAGUUCCACCAUUUGGCCAUUACGUCUAUUUAAAUAACACUGGAAAACUCAAAAUAGCAAUCUUCGGUAAUUCUUGGGCAACACAACAGGCUCAUAUGAUCCGAAAGUUCUUCCCACCCAAUCAAACCGCGUCUUUAAAUCUUUUUUCAAUGCCCAAAAGAACACCAUUCAUGUUGAAGUUUUUGAAAAGAACACGACCGGAUCUUGUCUUCAUACUUUUGCGAAAUGGAGACUACGGUGCCGUAACAAAAGAUGAUGGCCUCGUGGAGAUCUAUUGGGAAGGAAUUCGAAAUAUUAGCAAGUACGCGAAAGAGAUCUUUAUCGAGGGCCAUCAUCCAUUUGAUUGUGAGGGAAGUGAAAAAGAUUUCCUUUAUCAUUAUAUCGACAAUCUACAAAAAGAAGCCGAUUUGACAAAGAUGAAUCCAACAUUUAAUGAUAGUUUCUAUGAGGCACCAAUAAAUCAAAGAGUGAAGAUUAUCAUGGAAAGAUGUGCGAAAUGUCAUCUGCUCGAUGUGGCUGAAGCGUUUAUUGAUCAUUUCAAUCAACGGGUUCUCACAUAUGACCCAAAAACAAAGCUAGCUUUUCUUGACAAUCAGUGUCAUCUCACUCCGGCUGGACUUGAAAAAAUUGAGAACCCAAUCCGAGAAGCAAUCAAGAAAGCUCUAGGAAAGAACUUUCAA